CUGCGGAUCUCUGACAGACAAACAAAGAAAGCAAAACAAAAAGUGAAAAAUGCGACGCCGGGAACUACAAACAAUACAGUUAAAGCUUUCGGAGCUUAAGGAGUACGAACUGGCUAAACAGGAGCGUGCCAAGGCACGUCAGCAGGUGCGUUCGCCGCGCACCCCCACACCCACCUCGGACAGCGACAUUCUAGAGUUGCCCUCCACAAGUGUGCCGACCAUUUUGCUGGCCAACAGCGGUACCAACAAAGAGGAUGUUUCCGAAUCAACACCUAAAAACAAUGCUGCUUAAAAUAUAUAAAUGCUUCUUCUGUGUUGCUCUCGAGGCUGAGCACUGCAUUUGGGUACCUCAGAAAGGAAUAUGAGCGAGCCAUGGAUAUCCAAUAGUUAUACCAAAACUGGACUAAUUUGAAUUACAUUGCACUACUAUACUUUUUAAUUAAUUAAACACAUAUAAUUAUUCAAUUCAAACAGAAAUUUGUCUGUUUAUUAGACAUGUAUUUAGUUACUAAUAAUAGUUAUUGUACGUUCGGUUAGAUCUUGAGUUGAAAAAUACAUAUAUCACAAUAAUCCG